CCAGGGAGCCCGGGUGUGGCUGAAGGAAGAUGACCAGUACCUGCCCAGCACGGUGUCCACCUGCUCCGGAGGCGUGGUCGUCAUCGUCAGCGACUAUGGCCAGGUGUACACCUACAAGCAGAACGCCCUGAGCAGGCAGAAGGUGCAGGCCAUGCACCCCAGCAGCAUCCAGGGGGUGGAGGACAUGGCCACGCUGGACGACCUCCACGACGGAGCCAUCAUGCACAACCUCCACCUCAGAUACCAGCACCGCAAGAUCUAUACGUACAUCGGGUCCAUCCUGGCGGCGGUGAACCCCUACCAGCCCGUCCCGGAGCUCUACGGACCGUCCGCCGUGGAGCGCUACUCGCGCCAGCACCUGGGCGCCAUGGAGCCCCACAUCUACGCCGUCGCCAACGAGUGCUACAGGGCCCUCUGGAGGAGGGGCCACAGCCAGUGCGUCCUCAUCAGCGGGGAGAGCGGAGCCGGGAAGACGGAGAGCACCAAGCUGAUCCUCCGCUUCCUGUCGGCCAUGAGCCAGACCUCCCUGGAGGCCUCCUCCAGAGACAGGACCGCCCCAGACCGGACCGCCCCAGACCGGACCGCCCCAGACAGGACCGCCCCAGACAGGACCGCCCCAGACAGGACCGCCCCAGACAGGACCGCCCCAGACAGGACCGCCCCAGACCGGACCGCCCCAGACAGGACCGCCCCAGACCGGACUGCCCCAGACCGGACCCCCUCCCUGGAGGUCUGCUCCAGAGACCGGAACCCCCGAGUGGAGGAGGCCCUGCUGGAGAGCAGUCCCAUCAUGGAGGCGUUCGGGAACGCCAAGACGAUCCACAACAACAACUCCUCCCGCUUCGGGAAGCUGGUCCAGCUGCACUUCAGCCAGCGGGGGAACAUCCAGGGGGGCCGCAUCGUGGACUACCUGUUAGAAAAGAAUCGGGUUGUGCGUCAGAACCCUGGAGAGAGGAACUACCACAUCUUCUAUGCCCUGCUGGCCGGGACACACACCCCACAGAGAGAGGCCCUCGGUCUGACCCAUGCAGACCACUACUACUAUCUGAAGCAGUCCGGUUGUGUGGACGACAAGACCAUCAACGACACACACACCUUCAAGGAGGUCAUGAAUGCAAUGCGCACGACGCAGUUCUCGGAGGAGCACAUCGGGGACAUCCUGCGCCUCCUGGCGGGGGUCCUCCACGCGGGGAACAUCGAGUUCAUGACCGCAGGAGGUGCUCAGGUCUCCUCCCCCGCAGCUCUCAGCAGAACGUCGGACCUCCUGGGUCUGAACCCGGAGCAGCUGUCGGAGGUCCUGACCCAUCGCUCCAUGAUCCUCCGAGGAGAGGAGAUCUGCACCCCGCUCACCGUGGAGCAGGCGGUCGACUCCCGGGACUCCAUGGCGAUGGCGCUGUACUCCCAGUGCUUCGCCUGGAUCAUCCGCCGCCUCAACGCUCGUAUCCGCGGCAACGAUGACUUCCUGUCCGUCAGCAUCCUGGACAUCUUCGGCUUCGAGAACUUCGAGGUGAACCGCUUCGAGCAGUUCAACAUCAACUACGCCAACGAAAAGCUGCAGGAGUACUUCAACAAGCACAUCUUCUCCCUGGAGCAGCUGGAGUAUAACAGGGAAGGCCUGGUGUGGCAGGACAUCAACUGGAUGGACAACGGAGAAUGUCUGGACCUCAUCGAGAAGAAACUGGGCCUCCUGGCUUUGAUCAACGAGGAGAGCCACUUCCCCAAGGCCACCGACGGCACCCUGCUGGAGAAACUCCACAGUCAGCACUCGAAAAACUCGUUCUACGUGAAGCCGCGUGUGGCGGUCCACUACUUCGGAGUCAAGCACUACGCCGGAGAGGUAGUGUACGACGUUCGGGGCAUGCUGGAAAAGAACAGAGACACGUUCCGCGAUGAUGUCCUCAACCUGUUGAGAGAGAGCCGAUUGGACUUUGUGUACGACCUGUUUGAGCACGUGUGUAGCCGCAGCGGUGGGGACACCCUGAAGACCAGCGUCAAGCACCGCCGGCCCACUGUCAGCUCCCAGUUCAAGAACUCCCUCCACUCUCUGAUGGCGUCGCUAAGCUCCUCCCAUCCCUUCUUCGUCCGCUGCAUCAAACCAAACACACACAAGAUGCCCGAGCAGUUCAACGCGGUGGUGGUGCUGAACCAGCUCCGCUACUCUGGGAUGCUGGAGACGGUGAAGAUCCGGCAGCACGGCUUCCCCAUCCGGAGGCCCUUCCAGGACUUCUGCUGCAGGUACAAGGUGCUAAUGAGGGGUGUGGCCCUGGCCGAGGACCCCAGGGGGCGGUGCCUUGAGCUGCUCCAGACCUACGACAGCAGCAGCAGCCAAUGGCAGCUUGGCAAAACCAAGGUGUUCCUCAGAGAGUCUCUGGAGCAUCGCCUGGAGAAGGAGCGCGAGGAGGAGGUUCUGCGGGCGGCCAUGAUCAUCCAGGCCCAUGUACUGGGCUUCAUCGCCAGGAAACAGUACAGGAAGCAGCUGCAGUGCAUUGUGGUCAUUCAGAAGAACUACCGGGCGUUCUUCUGGCGCAGGAGGUUCCUGCUGCUGCGGCAGGCGGCGCUCACCUUCCAGCGGCUCGUCCGCGGCCGGCGCGCCCGCCGCCUCUGCAGCCUGCUCCUGGAGGAGAGGCGGAGCAGGGAGGAGGAGGAGGAGAGGAGGCGCAGCGAGGAGCGGAGGGAGAUGGAGAGAGAAAGACAACGGUUGGAGACUGAGUUACUUGCGAAACAGGCGGAGGCAGCGAGGGCGCUGGAGGAGGCUCGGUGCGAGGAGGCGCCCGGGGAGGAGCCCGGUUCCCCCCUGGUCCCGGGCUCCGUGGAGGAGGAGGCGCCGGCGGCGGCGGCGGCGGACGGGAUCCGCCCCCAGGAGGUGUCCAAGGUGGAGGAGAUCCUCCGCCUGGAGCGGGAGAUCCAGGCCCUGCAGCGGCAGAAGGAGCGGCAGGAGCUGUCCCUCACGGAGGCCUCCCUGUGCCGGCUGCACCUCCUCCGGGACCAGGAGCUGCGGCGGCUGGAGGACGACGCCUGCAAGGCCGCCCAGCAGUUCCUCGACUCGCUGAACUUCGACGAGAUCGACGAGUGCGUCCGCAACAUCGAGAGCUCGCUGGGCUCCGGCGGCGAGGCGGCGGCGGCGCCGGCCAAGGGGGGCGGCGAUGAGGGGGAGCAGGAGGAGGAGGAGGAGGAGGAGGUGGACGAGGGCUUCGGCGCCGACGACGACAAAGACUCGCCCAACCCCAGCGAGCACGGCCACUCGGACGGCCAGCGCACCAGCGGCAUCCGCACCAGCGACGACUCGUCGGAGGAGGACCCGUACGCCAACGACGGCAUAGCCCCGCCCCCCGGCCUGCUGCACCCGGGGGGGGGGGCCCUCCCACCGCCACCGCCGCCCGUCGCCUGCCACAGCGUGUCCUCCAGCGGGGACUCUGCCUACUGCCACCCCCAGGCCUCGUCGGAGGCCCCGUCGGAGGUGGAGCUGAUCCCGCCCGACGAGGACUCGGACUACGACCAGGACGACUACGACCAGGACGCCCUGGGCUCCAGCGCCGGGCGGCCCGGGUCGCACCCCCGCAGCGGGCAGUGGUCCCCGGACUACCAGGGCUCCCUGGGCACCUACAGCAGCUCGGCGGCAUACCGCUUCAGCUCCGAGGGGCCGCAGUCUUCGCUGGAGGACAGCGAGGAGGACUUCGACCGCUUCGAGACGGACGAGGAGCUGUCGUACCGCCGCGACUCUGUGUACAGCUGCGUCACGCUACCCUACUUCCACAGCUUCCUCUUCAUCAAGGGCGGUCUGAUGAACACGUGGCGGCGGCGCUGGUGCGUGCUGAAGGACGAGACCUUCCUGUGGUUCCGGGCCAAGCAGGAGGCCCUGAAGCAGGGCUGGCUCCACAAGAAGGGCGGCGGCUCCUCCACACUGUCGCGCCGCAACUGGAAGCGCCGCUGGUUCGUGCUACGGCAGAGCAAGCUCAUGUACUUCGAGAACGACGGCGAGGACAAGAUGAAGGGCAUGCUGGACAUGCACGCCGCCAAAGAGGUGGUAGAUAACACGGGUAAGGAAAACGGGCUGGACAUCGUGAUGGCCGACAGAACGUACCACCUGAUCGCAGAGACCGCAGAGGACGCCAGCCAGUGGUUCAGCGUUCUGAGCCAGGUGCAGGGAUCCACGGAGCAGGAGAUCAGAGAGAUGCACGAUGAGCAGGCCAACCCCCAGAAUGCAGUGGGGACUCUGGAUGUGGGGAUGAUUGAUUCAGUUUGUGCAUCAGACAACCCAGAGAGGUCCAACUCGUUUGUGAUGAUCACGGCGAACCGCGUGCUGCAGUGCCAGGCGGACACGCCGGAGGAGAUGCACCACUGGAUCACCCUGCUGCAGCGCUGCAAGGGCGACACCCGCGUGCACGGCCAGGAGUUCAUCAUCAGGGGCUGGCUGCAGAAGGAGCUGAAGAACAGCAGCCGCGCGGCUCUGAAGCUGAAGAAGCGCUGGUUCCUGCUCACGCACAACUCCCUGGACUACUACAAGAGCUCGGAGCGCCAGGCGCUGAAGCUGGGGACGCUGGUGCUCAACAGCCUCUGCUCCGUGGUGCAGCCCGACGACAAGGUCUUCAAGGAGACCGGCUACUGGAACGUGACGGUGUUCGGGCGGAGGCACUCGUACCGCCUCUACACCAAGCUGCUGACGGAGGCGUCCCGCUGGGCCGGCGCCAUCCAGACCGUCAUCGACUCCAAGGCGCCCAUCGACACGCCCACCCAGCAGCUCAUCCACGACAUCAAGGAGAACUGUCUGAACUCUGAGGUGGUGGAGCAGAUCUACAAGAGGAACCCCAUCCUCCGUCACAGCCACCACCCGCUCCACUCGCCCCUGCUGCCCCUCCCCUACGGGGACAUCCACCUCAGCUCCCUGAGGACCAAGGGCCCCACCACCCUGCAGGACGAGGCGCUGAAGGUGUUCGCCUCGCUGCAGCACCUGGAGGGCGUGGCGGACCCCCUGCCCGUCAUCCAGGGGGUCCUGCGGACAGGCCAGGAGCUGCGGCCCCUGAGGGACGAGCUGUACUGCCAGCUGGUGAAGCAGACGGCACGGCCCCCCCUCCCCGGGGGCCCCGGGAACCUGUGCAGCUGGAGGAUCCUGGCCUGCAUGGCCUGCACCUUCCUGCCCAGCCGCGGCGUGCUCCGCUACCUCAAGUUCCACCUCAAGAGGACGAAAGAGCUGUCCCCCAACUCGGAGAUGGAGCGCUACGCCUCGUUCGCCCUGGACUCCCUGAAGAAGACCCGCACCCGGGAGCACGUCCCGGCGCAGGAGGAGAUCCGGGCCAUCGUGGCCCGCCAGGAGAUGACCACCAUGGUGCACUGCCACGGCGGGGGGUCCUGCAAGAUCACCAUCAACUCCCACACCACCGCCGGCGAGGUGGUGAAGAAGCUGACCUGGGGCCUGGCCAUGGAGGGCAGCAGGAACAUGUUCGCUCUGUUCGAGCACAACGACAGCGUGGACAAGGCCAUCGAGGGCCGCGCCGUGGUGGCCGACGUGCUCGCCAAGUUUGAGAAGCUGUCAGCUGGCCAGGACCCCCAGGCCACCGGCUGGAGGUUCUACUUCAAGCUGUACUGCUUCCUGGACACCGACGGCGUUCCCAGGGACAGCGUGGAGUUCGCCUUCAUGUUCGAGCAGGCCCAUGAGGCUGUGAUCCGUGGCCGCUACCCGGCCCCUGAGGAGACCCUCCAGUUCCUGGCGGCCCUACGGCUGCAGUACCUCCUGGGGGACCACGGCUCCCCGGCCCCCCUCCCCGACAUGGCCCAGGUGUUCCCCGUGGCGCGGCUCCGCGCCCGCGUGCAGAACUCGGCCAAGACCUUCGCCCCGGGCGCCGGCUCGGUGUCGGAGCGCUCCUCCUCCGGGACCGGCGAGAGGAAGCGCUCCAGCUUCCUGGAGGGAACGCUGAGGAGGAGCUUCCGGAGCGGCUCGCUGAGCCGGCAGAAGCUGCUGGAGGAGGAGAACUCGCUGGAGGCGUGGCUGCGCGAGGAGACGGCGGCGGUGCACGCCAGCGUGCUGGACAAGUGGCGGCGGCUGGUGGGGAUGAACCAGGAGCAGGCCAUGGGGAAGUACAUGGCGCUGGUGAAGGAGUGGGCGGGCUACGGCUCCACGCUCUUCAACGUCGAGAGCACUGACGAGGCGUUCCCCAGCGAGCUGUGGCUGGGCGUCAGCCGGCAGGCCGUGUCGCUCUACAAGCGCGGGGAGCCCUGGCCCCUGGAGGUGUUCCCCUACGAGCAGAUCCUCUCCUUCGGGGCCCCGCUGCCCAACGCCUACAAGAUCGCCGUGGAGGGCCGCGAGCUGCUCUUCGAGACCCCUCUGGUGAUGGACAUCGCUAAACUGAUGAAGGCCUACAUCAGCAUGAUGGUGAUGAAACGCCACAGCAACCCCCAGUCGCUCAGCAGCCACGGCAGCCAGAGCAGCGCCUGGUGACCCCCUGGUGACCCCCAGGACCUCUGAACUUUGACCUCUGACCCGGAAGCUGUGUGGGUACAGCGCCUGUCGUCUGACGGGCCAGGACCCAGAGAGGGGGAGGAGCCUGGCGUCAUGGAGACAAAAAACCACCACAUCCCCACCAGGAACCAAACUCAUGUACAUAGGUCGUUGUUAACCACAGUUGGGGUCAGGGUUAGGCUCUGACCCUGAGGUUAGACUAUCUAACCCUGACCCGGAUUUACAGAGGUCGUUAUUUUCAAAGAAUCACAGUUGUUGUUAAGGGUUGGGGUAACGGUUAGCCUGAACUUCACCCUUAUCCUCACCUUGAAGGAAAAUAUUGGGUCUGGAAAGGAACGAACUUGACUUGGUAUUGUUGGUGGAGUGGGAACUUUCUGUGGGAAAAUCUUUUUCUUUCAAGUUAAACUGCUCAUUUUGUUUUCUAUAUGCUAGGUGCUGUCACACUUCAUGGGCUGUUACUAUACUGUGUGUGUUUGUUUGUCUCUGCGUGUGUGUGUGUGUGUGUGUGUGUGUGUGUGUGUGUGUGUGUGUGUGUGUGUGUGUGUGUGUGUGUGUGUGUGUGUGUGUGUGUGUGUGUGUGUGUGUGUGUGUGUGUGUGUGUGUGUCUGAGUUUCUUUUUGUGUGUGGGUGGGUCUUUUGACUGUCAGAAUGUAAAAAACAAGCAGAGAAUUUGUAAAAAGAAAAAAAGAAAGUACUUACAAAGCAGGAUUUGAGUGUGGGCCUUGUGUCAAGCUAUAUCCAGGUCUGUUUGUAAAUGUACAUCCUUAUGCAGUCGCCUUGAACAUUUCAAACCAUGCUGGGAUCUCACAGGACCCUGUCGUGCCAGCCUCGAGGACUCUCAAUCAGGACCAAGCUCGCUGUCAAUCCAGGUAUCCCUCUCGUUGUUCUCGAGACACUGCCGUCUCUCCUGUCCUACCGAUGUUCCUUAAUGCGUUCACAAGGACCUACGAGUCCUAAAUACACACUGGCGUCUGGACGGCAUUUUGUGAAUCUUAAUCAGUUCAUAGAGAGAGUUUGUAUCACAGAAGGGAUAUGAAUCAUCCAUACUUAAAUCGGUUUAAGGAUAACCAGUCUGAUUUAAACCAUACUCUAUAUUCUAUAGUGUACUCUCUGCUACAAAACGUUUUUCGGACUCGUGGUUUGUUUCUGAUUGGUCGCAGGUUUAUUCAUGUCUGAACUACAUUUCUUCAGGAGCAGAACUACAUUUCCCAGGAGCACCGCGGGCGGUCGGUCCAUCAAAAGCUCUUUGCCGUCUGUGCCUUAUUGUAUAUUGUGUACACUUUAAGUAACGCCAUCUUCUGUCGAGUUGUAAUGUGCAAUGUCUGGUCUGUGAUUGAUGGUGUAUCCACUAGCUGUACAUUUUAUACCGCUGCCUUUUGCCUUCAGUUUGAUUUUGGACCACGAGGUGAUAUUUUAUAGAUAAUCAUGUUGUAUUUUUCCUUACGAUUACAGUGAAUCCAUCAUCAACAGAAAUACUGGAUUAUUGAUGCUUUUGUAUCUGUAUUGGCUCUGUUGUGUAUGUAGGCCUACAAUAUGGCUCUGACAAUAAACCAUAAAUAUUUACAUGGCUGUCUGACUUUUGCUACCGUCUUAUCAAUGCUUUAUUUUAGUUUUCAGGUUUGCAGAUAAUACCGAAGUUUCCUUAAAUGGACAUCUUUAAAGUUCUUCUGUUUAUUAAAUGUUUAUUCAGCUUUGAUUUAAAUUGUUUGAGGGAAAUCAAUCAAGA